AUGUCGUGGGUGUCAAAUUUUAAACGGCGCCAUAACAUACGUCUGGUGAGUGUAUGCGGUGAAAAAGCGAGUGCUGAUACAAAUUUAGCAGAAUCAUUUAUUCAGUAUUUUCAACGACACAUAGAAGAGGAAGAUAUUGAUAUAGAGAAUGUGUAUAAUAUGGACGAAAGUGGAUUAUUUUGGAAGGCGCUUCCAAUAAAAACGUUGUCGACGGAAAAAAAUGUAGCUGGGUUCAAAAUGAAGAAAGACAGAAUUACCUUCGGGUUAUGUGCCAAUGUUACCGGGACCAAUAAAAUAAAACCUUUAGUAGUGCACAAACAUAAAAAACCAAGAGCGUUGAAGCACUCAUUGCACAGACUUCCAGUCUGCUAUAAAUCACAAAAAAAUGCUUGGGUAGACCGUGAAAUAUUUCAGGAUUGGUAUGAACAGCACUUCAAGCCUAGCGUCCGUGAAUAUCAAAUAAAGAAAGGCAUCACUGGGAAGGUAGUAUUAUUACUUGAUAAUUGCGCAAGUCAUCAAGUUCCAUUAUCUGAGGACGAUGAUACAUUUUCUGUUAAAUAUCUUCCACCAAACACCCCAGCCCUCCUACAACCAAUGGAUCAAGGAGUGAUUCUUAAAACUAAACGAAUCUUCCAAAACGAAAUGUGCCGCUCCAUUUUAACGUAUGAAGGAGGGGUUAAUGAAUUUUAUGCCAAUUACAAUAUAAAAGAUUGCAUUGAUAUUUUGAUACAGGCAUGGGGAGAAGUUACGCCUGAAAAUAUACGGCACAGUUGGCAUAAAAUAAUUCCAGCUUCUUUGCGCAUUCAAAGUUAUUUUAGAAAUGAGAGUGAGGACGAUGGUUUGGAAGAUGCAAUAUCGGUGAUUAGUGAUGAACAAAUUUCGCAACAACAAGCGACUAUCUUUUUAAAUACAUGCCGUAUAGAGGAAGAGGAAGUUCCACAAAGUGAUGCAGAUAAUCAAGACAGUAACAAUGAAAGUGAACAGGACAGUGAUAAUGAAGACGAACACAACAUACAAUCACCACAAGAACAAAUAAAAUACAAGUUACAGUGUUUAAAAUACCACAUCAUGCGAGCAAGCUGUUUAACAACAGAAUUACAAGAUCUUUCUUCUUCAUAG